CGGAAGAAACUCUCGGAAUGAGGCAAGGGCUGGCGUCAGCAGCAUCGACGUCAGCGUCCGCCCGGGGGCCGACGAACAGCAGUGUAUUGUCGGCAGGGGAGGGGGGCCGCAGUCCCGAGGAGAAGGCGCAAGCGAAAAAGGAGGAGGCGAAGGAGGCGAAGGCGGCGAAGGCGGCGAAGGCGGCGGCAGCUGUGGUUGCGGCGCUAGGGUCGCCGGCGAAGGCGGUCGCGACUGCUUCUACCACCGCCGGCGGUAACGGCGGUAACAAGGGCAGCGCCAAAAAGAAGAGGUUGAUGGCUCAGAUGGUGAAAGCCGCGGGGCAGCGGCAGCACUGGAAGGAGGCCAUCGUUUUGUUCGAUCAGAUGCAGGAAAAGGGUGUCCCCACGGUGAAGGCGGCGUACGGGGCUGCUCUACGUGCGUGCGCCAAGGGAGCGGAUUGGGAGCGCGGCACUCAGCUGCUAGAUAACUACCUCGAGGAGGGGUACGAGCUGGAAGAGGGUGUGGUAAACAACGCAGUCAAGGCGUGCUGUCGGGCAGGGAGACCAAGCGAGGCGGAAGCAAUUUUGGCCAACAGUCUCGAGCGGGGACUCGUUCCCGAGGUGUCGCUCUUCACGGCAGUGAUGAACGCGUGCUACACGGUUGGCGACAUGGACGCCAUCUUGGCUAUCGGAGAGCAGCUGCGGGCGCAGAGCCUCACGCCGGACCACGCCGGGUAUCACCUCAUCGUGACCUCCCACAUAAGCAAGCUCGACUGGGUGAGCGCCACCGAAGCGCUGGUGGAGAUGGGGGAGGCGGGGCUGGCCCCUACCGCGGGCUCCGCUCGAAAGUGGAGGCUUGCCAACGCGGUGAUAGAGGAGAUCGACAUAGAGGUUAACGAAGAUUAUAUGCCCCGCGAGGGAGAAGAGGCAGACGACAGGAUGCAAGGGGCGGGUAGUAGAUGGGGUGACCGCGGGGCAAGGGAGGGCGGUGGUUUUGAGGAGCGGGAGGAGGAAGCCAAACGGCGGGAUGGUGAGUAUCAAGGAGAGGUUUGA